AUGAGUACCGGUAGAGCAGCACCUACUCGCGUUUGCGAUAAGCCGGUCGGUCCAAUAGGCUAUGGAUUACUGAGCUUGACAAUGCCGGCCCCGUUUCCCCAGACCGAACGCGAAGUAGCAGUCCAAUGCUUAAGAAGCGCGUUAGAACAGGGUGCGAAUCUAUGGAACGGUGGUAUUCAUUACGGCACCCCUGAAGCAAAUUCGUUGCACCUCUUGAAAUACUACUUUGAGAAGUACCCUGAGGACGUCGAGAAAGUCGUACUCAGCAUCAAAGGUGCCUACGGCUCCAAAACGGGACCUACAGGUAGCCCUGAAGCAAUUCGCGCAUCUGUCGAGGAGGCCCUACAAGGGCUAGGGGGUAUGAAGACUAUCGAUGUCUUCGAAAUGGCGCGCGUGGACCCCAAUACCCCCAUUGAGACUUCUGUCAAAGCUCUGGCCGAACUGGUUGAGGAGGGCAAGAUUGGCGGUGUCGGCCUGAGCGAGGUCAGUGCGAGUACUAUCCGCAAGGCUCAUGCCAUACACCCUAUUGCGGCGGUCGAGGUGGAGCUGAGUUUGUUCACACCCGACCCGCUCCAUAAUGGCAUUAUGGACACCUGUCAUGAACUCGGUAUUCCAGUCGUCGGUUACAGUCCAGUUGGCCGGGGUUGGCUGACAGGCCAAUACAAAAAGGUUGAUGAUCUCCCACCAAACGAUUUCCGCCACAUGUUCCCUCGCUUCAAGCCUGAGGUCUUUGAUCAAAACUACAAACUUGUCGAGGCUGUGACAAAGGUUGCCGAACGCAAAGAUUUGAAGACAUCGCAGGUGGCUGUAGCCUGGGCCGCUCGCCAGGGCGCAAUUCCUAUUCCCGGCUCGUCCAACGUUGACCGUGUCGUAUUGAACAGCAAACUCUCGGAACUGACCGAAGAGGACAUGCGGGAGCUCCAAAAGGCCCUUGAUCUCUUCCCGAUUGCUGGCGAACGUUAUGGCGGCGCGCAUGAGAAGUUGCUCAACGCUUGAGUGAACAUACGGUUAUCAGUACCGUGAAGGCUAUUUCGGUAGAAGUUUGGUCACUAUAGCUAGAGGGGAAAUUGAACGAGCUUUGGCGGUAUUGAUGUCCAUGUUGCCAUGAACCGUCGGACUUAACACAUCUAUACCGGACGGAGAUUACAACACCAGCUUACCUGUUUCGGAUUAAAGCCUCUUAAGUAGAUCUUUAGUAAGGUCAUCAACGCCUCCUUCCUACUAUCCUUCAAUUCC